AUGAAGAUCAACAGGACCUCGUUUCGUGAAAACAACAGAAGAUGGACUAAUUCGCAAGUCGCGGUGUGGACGCUCUUUCUCUUCAUCAUGCAUAUCGUAUCCCAACAAGAGGGUGUCUCAUCAGCAGCACCACAGUAUCUGGCAAUAAGCUCACUGUACGAAGAACAAUACCGUCGGCAGACUCAGAAUUGCCCCCCUUCCGAACCUAGCUCAGACUCAUCCUCUAGACACGAGAUUGUGAUUUCUUCUGAAAGAAACAAACGAACGGCAUACAAGACAUCGUCCUCCUUCAACAAAGCACCUUACUAUUUGACAGGGCGAACAGCUUGGAAGCCAAAACACAGUGAACAAUUCAACAGCGACCAAUACAACGAGGGCAAGGUAUUUUACUCUAUUGAAAAGUCUUCGAUACAAGAGAUACCGUCGAGUCAGAACUCGUGGAUUCUUCCCAAGAAACUUUCCAAACCAACUCGGAAUCACGACAAUGUCAUUUUUGAUGUGGCUGGAGGAGGACCGUCAACAUCAGGUCGUCAGAUAUUGCUCGCCAUGCUGGGUCGCCAUUCGGGAGUAUUGCAAUGGAUUGAUCUAAUGACGGGAGAACAAAAUCGAACUACAGUUACAGGAUUAGAUCCUGCCGGAAAUGGAUUGGACAAUCUCAAUCACGUGUACAGUGUGGUAGUGGAUUCUCUGUCCAAUCCGUCAUAUAAAGAAGUUUGGCUCCCUUGCGGCUUUCAUGGACAUGAAGUAAAUCAAGAAGAGAGCAGUGAAUAUGCUAGGAUUGUCAAUCUCAAGACCAUGACGGUCGAAGUGGGACCCAAACUUCCUUUUGCAGGCGGAGCUUGUGUGGCGGCAGCCAUUCAUGUUCAUGGCCCCAACGAACCACCUCAUAUUUGUGCCUUUGGUGGAACCCAUGGGGCACACGACGCGGGAAACUUUCUACCAUAUACGUCCUGCUAUGAUCGAGUGGCAGAAACAUGGCAUCAUCCCUUUGGCCGUCUCCCGUUUGGCUUGGAUCACGGUUCGCUGGUCCAAAUCCCACCUUCCGUUUGCGAUCCUUCCGACCCAGGACGCAUCCUCAUCUUCAACUUUCGGACACGAUCCUACGGUACCCAAAGCCCAGAGAUUCUAGCCUUUGAUCUUCCAGCAUCCGGUUGGUCCAAACAAGAAACUGCCAACAUGGAUCCCGAUACACCAGGAGGGUGGUAUGUGUAUGCCAAUAUUUCGUACUUCGGCACCCAUGACGAAGUUAAUGCGCCCCGAGACGCCAGUGGUGUAGCGAUUGCCAAUGAUUGGAGGAACAUCCUCAACUUUGGUGGAAUUCACUAUCACAGGCACCGGAAUGUUACCAAAUGGAAUGGAGAUACAAAAGUGAAGCGAUCGAGAAGAAGAUUCUCGACCAUUCGAAGCCUGGACGUUUGCGCCAAGACUUGGUCCAAAGUGGGAGACUUGGGCAUGCGCACCUUUGCGUUGCAGACCACUGUGAGUGAAAAGCUGAAUGUUGCUGUCACCUGUGGUGGGCAUACCUACAAGCGGCAAACAGAAAACAGUCCAUGGUGCAUUGUCAAUCGAAUCCCUGGAAUGAAAUUGCAGGCCAGUGGAGGAAGCAAAACCACCCAGAGCGAAGUUCCUGGUCUUGUGUUUGAUGACAAAUGA